AUUUUCAGGGAGAUACUUGACGAUCAACAUUAUUUAUUUCUCUUUUACUUUCAUAUAUUUUUCUAUUUGAGAUUUCCACGGAAAGUGGUGUCUCAGUUAUAUUAUUUUACUCAGGAUUAUCGCCAGAAAUUCGACCGGUUGCAGACAAUCAACGGACUAAUUGAUUUAGGGUGACGUCAAAAGACGUUCGUGUGAGGGUGCUUAAUGACGGAAGCGGUUACAGACCAGGAAAAGCGAAAAAGUGAUAAAUCACAAAAGCAUGAAGCAGGAAAAGACGAGCAGACGGAAGAAGAAGGAAAAGAAGCGUUUGAAUCGGGAACUGAUAAAAGCACGGAGCAGAACUCAUCAUCAGUGGGUCAAGCUGGUAUAGUCGAUAAUGAUAAUGUUCAGACCGUUGAUGAAUUUAAGAAACUCAUGUAUAAGAUGCAAGAAACACGACGUGCGAUAGUUUUUGCAUUACUAAAUGGAAAGGAUUUGAAGAAGGAUGAUAUUGAAAUAUUAAAACGAGCUUAUGAAAAACUAACUGAUGAUCAUACUCAUUCUUUCCAACGUGAAAUGUGUACGCUUACGACAAAAUUGAGCAUAAAUAUCGGAGAUGAAACGCGAGGUCUUGAAAAAGACUUGAAAUAUCUCGAUGCAUUGAUUAAUAUCCGAAGAGAAGAACCAAGCUUAUCGUGGCCAGUCAUAAUAUCUCGAGUUGAUUUAAUUUCAAUCCUUGCAAGUUACCAUCCGCAGGGCAAAGAAAAAUUUGUAAAAGAAUAUAAAGAUACUGUGAAAUUCCUCUACACAUUUGUUAGUUCGGAAGCGAUUACCGGUAAGAAACCAAUAUUUAUCACGGAUUGGGAUGGUACAAUGAAAGACUAUUGUUCACAGUAUGCAACAAAUCUUCAGGUAAUUCUCUUGAAAUCAUUUAAUUUUGCUUCAUUGUGUUAG